GUUGAUCCCUAUCUUGGCUUUAGUGACGAUCUUCAAGUAUAUGUAAAGCCUGAUGCGGAUCUAAGAGAAUGUGGAUCUGCUGCUGAUAAUCGGCUGGCUACAUCAAUUCUAAUUGAGUUGCGGGACAAAAUCUACGAGUCGGAGAAUGUUGUAAUAGAUAUCUUAGUUCAGAAUCUGACGAAGAUUACUAAGCUGGAGGCAGGAGAUGUUUUAAAGCAACUUUCAGAACCCUUUACAGCUGACGAUGCAUUCACAUUCGGCCCUCGAUCAGCACUGGACCUUGAUCAUGAUCAGAUGGUUGCUCACUCCAAGGAAUCCUUGUCCUUUGAUGCGGAUCUUCCAACAAAUUCAUUGGUUGAGGAUGAUGCAACAAGUGAGCCAUCAGUUGCGGACGUCUCUCGCUUCAUUCCCAGAAUGACUUCAUCUUCAUCUGGGUCCCAUAUUAUCAGCAUUGGGCAGCUUUUGGAAUCAGCACUUGAGGUUGCCGGGCAUGUAGCGGGAUCAUCUGUCUCCACAUCACCGCUCCCAUACAAUGCCAUGACAAGCCAAUGCGAAGCCCUCGGAACAGGCACGAGAAAGAAGCUCUCCAAUUGGUUGGCCCAUGAAAAUCAUGGCAACAAAGCUGCUGACAAAUUCUUUUCAGCAUUUCCUGCAGAUGUCCGCAAAACCCUACAUAAGGUCAGAUAGACAUUAUAUGCUUGGCUCUUUCUC